ACUUCAGCUCUCUGCUUUAGCAAUUCCACUCAUAUACAUGUUAAGAGUGUAGCAUGAAUGGUGUUGUGCUUCAAUCACUUCAUAGCUCUUUCCUGAAGCUGCUCUCUAUCUCAUGUAUCUGUAGAAUUUUUGCACUUAUGAAACAGCAGAGGGAGCCAGAAGUUCAAAGUCAGAGCACAGGGAUGAAGCGGGAUUCAUUGGCUAAACUGAAGAGGAGAAAGGAGGGAGGGGGGUAAAAGGGAGAGAAUUGCCACCCAAAUUACCUACAGGAGCUGCGAGCAGAACAUCUCUUCUGGAUUGCUGAAACACAGAUGGUCUUUCUUUGCUGCUGUAACAGCUCUCCCUUCUUCCAAGACAGAAACUGCAGCAACAGCGGUCGUUUCCUCCAUCAGAGAGAGACCAACCCAGACCUCCUGCAGUGAAAUAGAACAGAUAACUUUUUAGGCCAGCUCCAGAAGACUCAGUCUGUGUUUGGUUAUCACCUUUUUGAACAAAAAGUUUGGGGCCCAGGAUGAAUAGGACAAGGGCAGUUAAUGACGCUUUUCCUUUCCUGAAUAGUAAGAACUUGAGCUCAAAUCGAAGUUUCCCCUCACAUCUUUCUAAUCAGUGCAGGAAUGUCACUGACCUUACUGUUUUUUUGGCCACCUCUUACAGUUUGGAGACUGUUCUAGGCAUUGUUGGAAACAUCUGCCUGAUUGCUGUUAUAGCCAGGCAGAAGGAAAAGACCAACGUCACCAACAUCCUGAUUUCCAACCUAAUAAUUUCAGACUUGUUUAUGUGUCUUGUCUGCCUUCCUUUCACCGUUGUUUACACCAUGAUGGACUAUUGGAUAUUUGGGGAGGUCAUGUGCAAAAUGACGUCUUUCACACAGUGCACAUCUGUGACAGUAUCAAUUCUUUCCCUUGUCCUUAUUGCUCUGGAAAGACACCAGCUGAUCAUAAACCCAACUGGUUGGAGGCCAAGCAUCUCCCAAGCCUAUCUAGGAAUUGGAGUCAUUUGGACUUUAGCAUGUCUCAUGUCUCUUCCGUUUUUGACCACAUCCAUCUUGUCUAAUGAUUUGUAUGAACAGCUCUCACACAUCAUGAAUUUUUCCUACGACAAGGCCAUAUGCAUUGACUCAUGGCCUUCUGAGCAACACAGGCUUAUCUACACCACUACUCUACUUCUUCUGCAAUACUGCAUCCCACUGUUCUUCAUUAUACUUUGCUACCUGCGUAUCUACUUACGCCUACAGAAGAGAAAGGACAUGUUUGAGAAGAGUGAAUACAGUAACCGAGCAGUUCAGUUAAGAAGGAUAAAUAUAUUAUUAGCAUCCAUGGUAGCUGCUUUUGCUGUUUGCUGGUUACCACUGCAUGUUUUCAACACCAUUGUAGAUUGGAAUUACAAGAUCAUUUCACCUUGCCACCACAAUCUGAUCUUCUCAUUGUGCCACUUAGUAGCCAUGGCUUCUACCUGUGUCAACCCUGUCAUCUAUGGUUUCCUUAAUAGCAACUUCAAAAGAGAAGUGAAGUCAUUGAUUCUGAGCUGUCAGCAUAAUUCGGUAACUGCAUCAAUGGAAGAAUAUGAUCAUUUACCUUUAUCUACUAUGCAGACAGAAGUCUCCAAGGGCUCACUGUCAUUGAAUUGCAGACAUAAUUCUAUCUAGCCAGCAGAAAGCAUUUCAGAGGUUGUACUGACAUCACACAGCAGUCAUACCUGCAGGUAUAAAAGCAACUGGUGAUGGUAAAGCUGGAAUGCAAACAGGAGCCCACUGCCUGAUUUUUGUAAGAACAAGCAAAGAAAGUCAGUAAAAGCAUUCAGUAGCUCCUGGGGUGUGCAAGAUGUUUGUGUCUUUGAAGAGGGGCAGACUGGUGUACAAACAGCUGCUCUGCCAGCUUAAUAGAUAAGCUGUGGUGCACCUAGACUGACACUGGGUCUAUCAGCUAAGUUCACAUCUCCAGUACAGCUAAGGUAGAACCUCACGCAUCCAAUGUCACCACUGCAGGCUGCCAAAGCUGCAUUCGCAAAGGCUUCAUUUUUCAGUAUUAAGACUUUUUAUGCACUGAUGACACACCAGGGGAACAGAGACAUGUAAAUAUAUGUUUUUUUGUGCUUUCCUAACUGACAAACCGUUAGCAUUCAGCAGAUCCAGUUUGCAUCAAACAGCUGGAGGUCAGUCUGGAACUUUUCCCUCUCGUCACACAGGCUUGGAAAUUGCCAUUGCCCACAGAAGUUGGAGCAAAGAACAAGAAAGAUUGAAUUUACUGACAGAGGAGCAGUGGGAAAUGAAAACGUUACUUUGUGGAUUAAGCUCUUGGAACACAUUCACAUGAUGCAGAACGCUACUUUCAAGCAAAUGAAAAACAGUUGCAGAUCUGCAUGGAAAUGAAUCUGGUUGGUUUUGCAAUUCCUGCUGCUGGCAGUUACAGAGCUCUGCAAUGUUGGAAGUGGACAUCACAAAGGCAAAAGGUGACUGUGUUACUGGAGCUGUUUCAUGCUUUGGUAGCAAGAUUUCACUUCUGCUUCAGCAGCAAAAUACUCAUUAGCUCCUUGGUGCUCUAAUUGCAUCUAAUUCAGAAAGUCUGAACAUGCAUGAAAAGCUGUUCAAAGAAGCCUUGUCUUGUCAGAGUGUGUACAAUCCUAAAGAAAUAAAUACACACAUGCAGACCAUUUCCUACUAACAUAAAAGUGGAUAUCAGACAUCAGUUCCACUCACUGGCAGUAACAACAAAGAUAGAGCUGAAUAAGAGUACAUAACUGGAAUCCAGGUCAGGUGGAAACACAAACCUUAAAGCCAAGCUACAUGUAAAUUAGUAGUAUAGUGAGGAGAUGUUACUCAGUGACUGCUGAGGAAAUAAAGAAAGUUCAUACUGAGGAAAAAAAAGAAAAGUUCACAGUAAAGAAUUUUGUAAAAACAAAAACAAAAACAAAAACCAUUGAGUUUAUUCAAAAUGAAGUAGAUUAAUAAUAAAGAAAUACAGAACUGUAUUCUGUCCUGUGUUUUUAAACUAACCUUAGCAGUAGGCUGACUAUAUGGCCAAAUUAGGUUAUUUCUAUCUUGAAUUAUGUUAUCACUUAUCACAGGUCAUUACUUUUUGUAGUUAAAGGGUUCGCACAGAGUUGAAGCUAUCUAAUGUACAGUUACGCAGGAAAUCUUCCUUUAACUUGAUGUUAGAAAGAUUAUCAGUCUUGACAGGCAAUGGGAAUUUGGGACUGAGCAUCUGAAAGCAAGAGCAAGCUCUUAAGCUAUAGGGUAACAAGAGCCAUUAAGAAUGAAUUCACAGCUGCAGAUGGCAAAAAAUGGAAGUUAAAUCUUAUCCAUGUGCUGGGGCAUAGAAAUCGCUGGCAAAGCUUCAGGUUUGGACCUUCAAUUCUUGCAUGUAGAAUCUUAAGGCAGAAGGUGUUCUGACAUAGCCACACUUCUUACUCUGGGCAGAACAUGUGUAUAUCAGCUGGAGAGUUCAUGUGAUUUCCUUUUGCAUCUUCCUCAAUUACUUGGCAAGAAAUUUUUUCUUCUUUCAUGUGGCCUUCUGCUGCAUCUUUUGUUUUUCUUUAACUCACCUCUUGCUUUUCUUCGUUGUUUGUAUGCAAUGUCAUUUCUAGACUGGAUAUUAAGCCCAUUAGAAGAAAUGCAGAACAAGAGGAUUCAUUUUAUCUUACCCUGAAUUAGAAGUUUUCUAGUUUUCUGUUGUAGCUGAGAGCAGAGAUUAUACAACCUUGCAACGCUGAGUAGUAAAAAUAAAUUAAUGUCUCAUAAACAACUUCACUCUUACCAGAACUGUGUUCUAUUAUUUGAGUGCAUGAAUACCAGUUAAGGUUUGGAGUGUUUUUAUAUUCAGGGUUAUUCAUCUAAUCAGUUGAGUAAUUCUACCUGUUCUAUGUGCUUGUUACAAUUUCAGCAUCUAACUAAUGUAUGUCAAACUAUAGUAAGAAUAUCCUGCUAAACAUGAACGUAGAAGGCUAUGAUUUAUAGUCUUACACAGUUUUUCAAGCAUCACUCUCUUAAAUGGAAACAGCUAUCUUAAGAGUUUUUCCUUUCAGAAGUGUGCAUCUUUGCUGUAAGAUCUAAAUCAGAAUGUUUUUGUAGAGAAGUAUGAGCAGGGUCUGACUCCUUUUUGAACUGCAACUCACACUGCCACUUGUACCCAAUGCAAAGCAAACCAACCCAAUUUUACAAUAACCCAUACUGAUGUGAGCAGGAAUGUGGCUCCCUCUAGUGAAGACAGGAAGUGUCAAAUCUGGAAUCAAGUACUGUUUAUCACUAAUGGACUUGGUGCUGGAUAGAUACUAACUCCCACUAAACUCUGCUUAAAGAUACUCCAGGUAACAAAAACUGUAGAGUAAAUCCAGAAAAUGAAUCUAAGUUUCAAAGGGCUGACAAUGUGCUAUAUGUAAGUUCUAUCUUUGAUUAUACACUAGGCAUUAUGCUCUCAUAAUAGCCAGAACACAAACAGUACUUUUAUCAUCGCUCCUUCAUUUUGCAGGGACGGAAGGGUGUAGCUGUGCACAAAAGCAGUAGAAAGUAGUAUGCUAUUCAUUGUUGUGAACAGCUCUAGCAACUGUUCCCUGUUCCCAUUGAAGGCAAAAGCACAAGGCUGGAUGUAAUUAUGUCUGCAUGGAUGUUGAAAGCCAUUUCAUUUGUUACUUUAAGGCUUUCAUGCAACCAAAGGGAAAAAUCUGUCUCUUUAGUCCUAGCAAAAGGUAAUAGGACAAAAAGAAAAAACAACCUUAUAUAUUUUACCCAUCUGUAAAUGUGAUCUUGGUUAGCUAUUUAAGAAGGAUCAACCAAUUUUGUGUUCAUUGUACUACAGCAAUGCUUUUAAGUACACUCUUUGAAAAGCCUUGCUACUGAAUUACAAAGGUAAUUCGGGAGAAACAUGCUUAAGUAACAAAUCAUCAGUUCAUGAAAUUUUAAGAUUUUAUCAUAACAUUUAUUUUUUAUAAGAAGGCUUUUAAUGAUCCUGCACCUGUGAUGUGCUUCAAAAAGAUUGUAAGAUUUUCAAAGCAGGAAAACAACUUGUUACUGUUAUAUAAGCAGCGCAUUCUGAGGAACCCAGUAAUAACAAAUAAAAUUCUAUGGCCUCUGUUACUUUGUCUCUGCUUUUAUAAAAUGGCAUUGUACUAAUCACAGUAUUAAGUACAUAAGAUUUAGUUCUCAAAUAGCAUUUAUGAAAAGAAAACAGAAGUUGCAACACAUAAGUGUCAUUGAUAUGUGAAGGAUUAAAACCUUGAUGCAUUAUUCCCAGGGACAGACAGUAGUAUAGCACAGCCAACUAAGGAGGAGAGGACAGGUAUCAAAAAUUCACCACAGGACACCUGAAUAUUCUGAUGCCAGGAUGCAGCUCACUUUUACAGACUUGGCAGGAGACUGGGCCCUACACAAUAUACUGUCCCGAACUGUAGUCAUAAACACAACCAGAAGCAACCAAAAUUGCCAAAAGCCUACGGUAAGUUAAGACAUCACAUCCUGAGGACCCAAGAAGAAGCUCUUGAUUCUUUUAUAUUGACCUGUGUGUCUCCUUGCAUUUCCCGACAUUUCUUUCAUAGGCAGUUCUCUUCAGGAUUUCUAAUGGCCAGAUUUUCAGAGGAUAUUGAACAUAAAUAUCAGCAUUGUUGCUUAUUACCACUGCUUAUUAUCCACAUAGCUUUUAUAACUUUCCCUCACUAUCUCAGUUUGCUUAACAAAGCCAUUUCUUUGAACUCAGGAAGUCAUAAGCAGAAUACAGCUGAGAUUUAUACUUCUGUGUAAUACCUUUUCCUGCCAGACAAUGCUAAUUAGGCCUUAGUCUGAAUUUCCAAUCUUAUACUAUUCUUAUCUUUCCAAUAACCGCUCAAUAAACUUGAAGUCCAGUAGCAGCAUGGAGACUGUAUUAUAGAAACCCAGGAUGAAACUGAAUGCUGGUGGGUUGAUUGUUGUUUUUCAGAAAUUAAAAACUUAUAUAUUUAGUCAUGGUACACAGAAAAUACAGCACUGCAUAGUUUUUUCUUUUUUAAUUAACUGGCAAAAUAUGGUGGCUUAUGCUAGACACAGUGACAUCAACAUAAUAAUACAUUUUUACUGUAGGAUAACACAGAUGCAAGUACAGCUUAAUUUUACUAGACUCAAGACAUCCCUGGUAGAAAGAUAGCUUUUAUCAGUUGCAAGCUAUGAUAACAUGCAGAACAUGAAACUUGCACUUUACCCAUAAACAUGAAGCUUUGUUUUGUCCCUAAGGCUCCAGCUAAAAAUCUCUGCUCUCUGAAUGCAAUAAUUGUAGCUCAUGAAUUACUGUGCCCUCUGCCCAGACUGUAGGAAUACAAAGCCUCCCUGUCAACAGCUAGUGGACAAACACUGCUUCAUCAUUCAUCAUAUUACCUUGAUUACAUUUUAUUCCAGAAUGACUGCAAGCAGAAUGCACUUAUCCCAUGCUAUGCCCUUGGUGAGAUAACUGCCACUGAUUAAUCUGCUUGAUAGGUUACUUAAUGACUAUAAAUAAUUCCAUGUACUAACUAUUUAUUUCAUUUAAAGGCAGACAGUAGAAGAAGUACUGAUGCCCUAAAGACCAAUUUCUGAAAAACAGAGAGACAGCUGAAAAAUACCAGAAAGUUCUGGUAUCCUCUGCAUUUCUGUUAAAUUCACAGCAAAUACAGUCAAAUGGGGAACUUUCUUAAAAACAACAGCAAAGGCAUCAACUGGUUGAGGAGCAUAAUGUGCAUGUGCCCUUUGCCCUGUACUUUUGGGAAGACUGAUGGAAUUCAAAGACAACAGAAGCUGGCCAGCACUUUUAAAGCUGACAAGGUCAUCCAACCAUACCAUUUCCUCAUGCAUUCAGCAUGAAUCUAACUCCAUCCAUCAGAACUACAGCUAAACUGUUGCAGACAGUGAAGAGUCCUUUCAGAACAACCCACAUUUCCACCAGCCAUGUCAGAAGUCCCACACAGCACAAUGUACAUAGGCAUGCACAACUUCACACCAAGUGAGCUCAUCAUCACCAGCAGACCAGUCGGGGUUAUUAAUCCUGCUGGCCUCUAAUACAGUUGCUUUCCCUCAGGAAUACUCUGUGAAAUACAGAUGUUAACAGCAUGACUUUAUUCCCCGUGCAUUGCAAAAGCAGGUUUCACAGCAGUGCAGUUGCAUUCUCU